AUUUCAUGCUCACCUUCCUCUUCGGCAUAUAGAGGCUACCACUAGAGUACUCCGUCACUACGUAAAUACUACACUCUAGGCCAGUAUAUAUACAACCUUCACACCUCUCUGGGGCUUAUGUUCGGUCCUUGAUAUGCCGUUUGUUGGUCGCUUCGAAGAAGUUGGAAAUAUACUAGAGAAAUGUAACAGGAAAGCAGGGAGCGAUAUGGGAAGGCAUGAACACGUUCAGAGGAAAAUAAACCUGUUACUGUCUCUGUCUAGUUCUUCAAUCCUUUUGAUAUUGUUCGUUAAAAUCUCCUCUUAUUAAGUAGCGGAUUGAAGAUAUCAGUAGCCCCGGACCAAAGCGGCAAAGAGUGUACUACCUUACAGUCCACCUUGCGUGUUGACAUCGGCGCCCUUGCCGAGCAGCAGCUCGACGAUAUCCUUAUCGCCCCCGAACGAAGCGGCCUACAGCGAGUUACCGUAGUCUCCACCUUGUGCGUUCACGUCGGCGUCUUUGCUGAGCAGCACCUCGACGAUAUUCUUGUGGCCCUCGUCCGAAGCUGUGAGGACACACAAAGAGGAGCGUAGUGUGAUAGGUCACGAGUGGUCAACGAGUAUCACUGGACUCGGCUGAUAAUCAAUUGAGGUUUAUGUAUACCCAUUUUCACUAGACUGAUCCUUGAAGAAGGAAGAAUGAGAGCGUUGAGAGGAUACUA